UUCCAAUCCUUAUUAUUUUACUUAAGCAUCCCGUAAUUAUACUUUGUCUAUAACGAUUGAUUAAAUUAUUUUUAUAAAUUUAAUUUUAUAAUCAAAAUAAUUUAAUAUAAUAUUAAAUCAAAACUAAUAAAAGAAAAAAUAAAAAAUUCUCUCUCUCAGUCUCCGUCUCUGUCUCCCAUACCAUUGAUGGACCUCGUCUUCUAACAUGGAUUCCACACAAACCCCCCGCCUCCUCAAAUCCUAAAUCCGAUAAACCCUAGAUUCACAGAUCACAACAUAACACUAACAUAUAUAGAAGAAAUUAUCGCUUUCUCCUUUUCUUCCUUCACUUUCUCGAGUUCCAUUUUAUUUAGAUAUAUAAUUCUAACCAUACUCUUUAAUCCUCCAGCUUCAAGACCAAAAUAGAAGGCAAAAAGGAAAAAAAAAGAAGAAUUGGGGUUUUAAAUCUCUUUACUUUUGUUUAAUUUUUAGUAUGCAUAGAUCUGGAGCUGCUAUGGCUUGGAAUGUAUUCAAAUUCUGUACGGCCCUUCGCGGCCUUGGCUCGAUCAUGAUCUUGUUGGUUCUUGGCGUUGUCGGUGUCACCUAUUACGCUGUCGUUUUGACCAAUUACGGCCCUGCUUUGCAAGAUGGUGGCUUUGAUUCUUGCACUGCUCUUGCUGUUUUGAUCCCAUUUCAUUGUUUGUUGGUGAUGCUAUUAUGGAGUUACUUUUCUGUUGUUCUAACUGAUCCGGGUGGUGUGCCUCCUAAUUGGAGGCCUGCUAUUGACGAGGAAAGAGGUGAGGCUGACCCGUUGAAUGGCUCAGAUUUUAGUGGUGUGCUGACCGACUCAUCCAAUCAAAGAAUUCGUUAUUGCCGGAAAUGCAACCAGCAGAAACCACCUCGAUGCCACCAUUGUUCUGUUUGUGGGAGGUGUGUGCUAAAGAUGGACCAUCAUUGUGUGUGGGUUGUAAAUUGUGUUGGGGCAUUGAAUUAUAAAUAUUUCCUUCUAUUUUUGUUCUACACAUUUCUUGAGACAAGUCUUGUGACCUUGUCGCUGCUGCCACACUUUAUAGCAUUCUUUAGUGAUGGAGAGAUUCCUGGAACACCUGGGACUCUUGCGACCACAUUUCUUGCCUUCGUUUUGAAUCUGGCGUUUGCAUUAAGUGUUCUUGGAUUUCUGAUCAUGCACAUAUCAUUGGUUUCUGCUAAUACCACAACUAUUGAGGCGUAUGAGAAGAAAACCACACCAAAGUGGCGCUAUGACCUUGGUCGAAGGAAGAAUUUUGAACAGGUAUUUGGGGCAGAUAAACGAUAUUGGUUUAUUCCGGCCUAUUCAGAGGAAGAUUUGCGACGAAUGCCUGCACUUCAGGGUCUUGAAUAUCCAUCAAAGCCUGAGUUAGACUCACAAGAGUUCUAGGAGCCAGUUGUGCCACGUGGACCUGAAAAAUCUUUUGGUGUAACAAUAGAGAUAUAGAGCUGCAUCAAGAUGCGACACAAUGUCUUAUCAGAUAAACAAAUUACUGCUAAUUUGGGCUUCUAACCAUUCAUUCCCACGGGCAUCUUUCCAGAAUAGCUGGAGAGAGAGAGAGAGACCAAAAUCUACAUUUGAGGAAUACUAGCAGGGGAUAGUCAUCUGAUGUAUUUUCUUUUUCUUGUAAUUUUGAGGGGUCCGGGGAACGACAAAAGAAGGGAAUGUAAUGGCACGCCCAUGUGUUCUGUAGGAUUUGUUGUACAUUACAAGGGAUAGAAAAUCAAUAUAUGGCUUUUGCUGACCUGGUAGAGGUGAUUGAUCUAUCUA